AAGAAGAUGGAAGUCAAGACUGGUAAGGUUAAAAGGGAGAAACCUACCAUGACGAAAAAGAAGAACAAACAGGAAGAUGAAAUCAACGUGCCAUCCAACAUCUAUUGCCACCGAGACACUGAAGAGACGCCCCAACAAGAUGACAACGCCGCAAAUGAAGAUCAAGUCAACGUGCCAUCCCACUUCUUUUUCCAACGAGACACUGACAAGACGCCCCAACAAGAUGUAGACACUUCACAGCUUCUUCUUAUUCUUUCAAAUGACGUUGAACUUAACCCUGGACCGACUUUCAGUUGCAAAUGGACAUCAUGCUUCAAGAAAUUUAUUAAUUAUGGUGAACUUAGUGCCCAUUUAGUAUGUCACAUAGAGGGAACAAAUAGAUGCCAAUGGGAAGACUGCUAUGAAUAUUUUUCAGCUAACAGCGAGAUAUUCAAAACAAUCGAUGAAUGGGAAAACACGCUACCUGAUGGGAAGAUCAAUGAACAGACAACAGAUCUGAAUAUGUGUCCGCUGCAUCUGAGGUCCAAACUGAUGCUGCUCUUAUUUGAUGAAGAUUACUCCAUUCCAACGGGUUAUUACACAAUAGAGGAACACUACAAAUACCUGGAAUCGCUAAAAGCAUCUGUAGACAAGCCUGAAAAGAUGUUUUUAAACAAGUUUGUGAUUACCAGCGCACACAAGCAACACUCUUCCAAUCUCAAACAAAAACAUCACCUCCAGCAACAUACCAGCAACAUACCCACAGAGCAGUUAUAG